AGAUUGUGGAAUUAAAUACGAAAAACCUCGUGCACUUAUUGGCGACGGAAUGGAAACGGAGUACAAUCAGUUUCCAUGGCACGUGGCCAUAUAUAGGAAGCACAAAACUUCUGGCUAUGAAUAUAUUUGUGGAGGAAGUAUUAUUGACAGUGAAAUAAUCAUCACAGCUGCUCAUUGUAUUUUUAACGAUACGACACAGAGUAUUGACUACACCCCAAUGAUGGUAGUCACAGGAAAGCAUUACGGUGCUUGGGAUCGGCAAGAUGAACGCGGACGCGGACAACGAUUACAGGUUAUCAAAAAGAAUAUCCGACCUACCUACAGAGGUCUAGAAAGCCUGUACCAACACGAUAUUGCUCUUCUUGCACUUAGCGAUCCGAUUCAAUUUUCGGACAUUGUGAUGCCCAUUUGCAUCGAAUAUGAGAGUUUGCACAUGCCUACAAGCGAAGAAUUAGGCAUAUUCGUUGGAUGGGGCUAUAACAGUGAUAAUGUUUUAAGUGAGGUCUUACAAGAAACUAGAGUACAACCAGUUAACUAUAUCGAUUGCCGUAAGAGAGUGGAAAGAGGUACAACCUUUUUAAUUACUCCGGAUAAGUUCUGUACCCGAACUCCAGAUGAUGAAAGUACGUUGGAAAAAGGAGACAGCGGCGGAGGAAGUGUAUUCAAAAGGAGCUUUGGAACGGGCGAAAAGUACUACCUCUACGGCGUCCUCAGCACCAGCAGGCACGCCUCAAACAGUUCUUAUCUUUUUACCAACAUCAGCAGCCACGUACCCUGGAUCAACAGCACGAAGCUGCAGCUCAUCGAUGAGAGCAAAGCAAGGCGAGUUUGCGGUAUAAGGACUCCGAUUAAUUAUACCAUACCAGGUGGUUUCAUAAGAUCAUACAUGGAUUACCCUUGGCUUGCAACCAUAUAUAUGAAGAAGAAUGGCAAGUUCUUUGGGAUCAGAUGUGUAGGAACCAUCAUACAUCAGAGAGCAAUAAUCACAAGUUACUGGUGCAUCAAGGACACAAGACCCCAUUACAAAGAUGUCGAAUUCCGGGUCAUUACAGGCAAGCAUGAACUAUACAUGAAUAAGAAGGAAAAAGAAGAUGGCCAUCUAGAUCAUAAUAUAACCAAACAUCAUAAGCAUCAAAACUAUGUCGAUUGGAACUCCCGGACUGAAAAUGACAUGGUAAUCCUCAUCAUUGAACCCGGAAUCAAUUUUACAAAAGCAGUGGUUCCUAUUUGUAUGGAUUGGGAUCGAAGUUAUCAAAUUGAAGAAAAAGUAGGAAUGAUAGCUUCUUGGGACAUUGAUGAAUGCCAUUGUCAAGAUUUGGCCAAGUACCGAUAUCUUAAUAUCACAGAUUGCGCUGAGGCAUUUCUAAACAAAGAAGAGUACCAAACCUACGUCACGUCGGAAAAAGUCUGCGGCAGAUAUCACAAUGGAACUCGUUUCUUAUACGGAAGCGAUAUAGGUGCAGGUUACUUCUUCUUUAAGAACGGAUCAAUACAACACUAUCUCCAAGGCAUUGUCAGCAGAGGGCGACCGACUGACCAAGACUUCCUCAUCUUCACGAAUGUGGAAUUGAAUCUCCGUUGGAUCAGCGACAUCGUGUUGAGUAUUUACAAUACUGGUUCCUGGUACUGA